GGCUACAUGACAUUUCAUGUUGCCUGCAUCCCAACCCAUCUAAUCAAUCCACGACCGGGAUUCAUCGUAAAUGUUCUCGCUAUCAAAGAGAGGCAAGAAAUGGGUUUAAAGUCCGAAAAAUCACUGUUUAGAUCAGAUACCACCACUCCUUUCCUCUUCUAGAUCAUGCUCAGAUAGAAAUGUCCACAAAACUCCUUUCUUCCCCACUGAUACUUUUUCGAUUCUAUUUGGUUUGUUGAUCUGUUCUCGCCCUUUACGUUGGCUUCUAUCGCUUCCUCUUUCUCUCUCUCUCUCUCUCUCUCUCUCUCUCUUUCACCACUCCCACCGAGACUGAUACUCCCAACCUCCAACAACCGAACGAGUACUUGCGCCGCAACCAUUUCAUCAUCUUGCAUUGCUGCAUGCAUACAAGUUUGACAUAAUACCACAGCGCUCACCUCCACAGGGUUUACGUCGUAUAAGCCUCGUAUUUGAUUUCAUUUGAGCUGUCUCUUGGCUGCUUGGAUCUUCUCUUGGCAUUGUUCGAUCUCGGAAGUGAGGCACACGAGCAUACUCCCGGCUUCUUAUAUAUCAAACACUAUCCGCUUGUAUCCAGCAAGGUAUAUUUGAUUCAGCUCUUGAACCUUUUUUUGCUUGAAUCAUUCGCGGAAUCGGGUUAGUUGGAAAGCGCGCGACUGUUUUCUGGAAAGCUUGUUCAUUUAUUUUUGCAUAUUCGCCAGUUUGGUGAAGAAUUGAAGGGGGAAGGAAAAGAAACAGGCGAACACCAAAAAUUCACUCUCAAAUACCACAAUGCGCCCUCCUACUUUCCUGGGCGCCAUCGCCACCAUAUCCAUUCUCCUUGACUCAUUUGCACACGCGUCACCACGACCAAAUGAAGAACCAUCCGCCUCGGUCGAAAAGAGAGAAUCCUCUUUCCCACCAAAAAUCAAGGCCAAACGCCAUGACACAAAGUACUUUCACGAGCCAGGUGGAAACGAUAUAUUAGGGCACUACGACAUACGCUAUUUCCAAGGAAACCCCGUCACCUAUGAAGAAAAGCAAGAUUCUCUCCAAUAUCUGAUUAAAUCCUAUCUUACCACUUUCCGCGAGAGAAACAUCGAGACAUGGAUUGCGCAUGGGACGUUGCUAGGUUGGUGGUGGAAUGGUAAAAUUAUGCCAUGGGAUUGGGAUCUGGAUACGCAGGUUUCGGCUGCUACGUUGGCUUGGUUGGGAGAAAACAUGAACAUGACAACCCAUAAUUAUACGGGGAGAGCGGAUGAUGGAACGACUAUCACGAGAGAAUAUUUGUUGGAUAUCAAUCCAAAUCAUGUGGAGAGAGUGAGGGGUGACGGCAUGAAUGUCAUUGAUGCGAGAUGGAUCGAUGUAAGGAAUGGGUUGUUCAUUGAUAUCACUGGACUUGCGGAAGUAAACCCUAGUACACAGCCGGGAAUCUGGAGCUGUAAAAACUAUCAUCGUUAUAGGACGAGAGAUAUCUAUCCAUUGAGAGAGACCGAAUUUGAGGGCGUGCCAGCUCUUGUACCAUAUAGUUUUGAUAGGGUACUUACGGAUGAGUAUAGUCCGAGAGCUUUAACGAAGACAUUACAUGAGGGUCACAGAUGGAACCCCGAACAAAAAGAAUGGAUUCCCGAACCCGAAAUUAACAUUCACGAAAGUGGUUUAGAAACCCGAGAUGAAAGCCAUCCACACAUGCCUCGAAGUAUCCAAUCUGGCGGUCGUCGCAAGGCGGGAUUGAGGAAUCUUUUGAACGUUUUGUGAUUCUGAAAAGGCUUUCUGUUCUACGAAAUGAUUUUUCGGAAUCGGGAAACCAGCAGGGAGAGGUCUUUGAAAAAAGAAGGAGGAAAGAAAGAAUAAAGAUAGAAAGAGAAAGGGAUUACAGAUGGAAAUGCAGACGAGGAAAUGAUACCCACACAACCUUUGAACAUGCAGCAUGGUCAACAACAUCACGCGAGCACAUAUUGGCAUUGGCAUUAGCAUUUUCGAUUUCAUACGAAAUGGAGUACUGAGUACUGAGCACUGAGUACUUGCAGGAUAUGAAUGCAAAAGGCAUUUUAAUAGGCGUAAUGGAUUGCGAUUCGUCUUUUUGAGGAUGAUUUUUUUUGUUGUCGUAUAUAUUGGAGAUUUGUCGAUGAGCGGCGGGUGUAUAUCAGAUGAGAUGAGAUGAGACGAGACAAGAUGAGCGGAGACACAUACUCACUCCCAGCGCGGGAUUUCGUGGGUACAUCGGGAUACAAAAUCCACACUGGCCAAUUCCUCAUUCUUGCAUGAAUGGCUAGGUGAAUGGAAACGGUAAUGGAAAUAAUAGGUUGGAAGAGAAGAUAGGCAUGAGAGUAGUGGGGUUCUCUGUCGAGCUAGAAUCAAUGCAUGGGGAGGUCGAUGGUUGAUCUGGAGACUGUGUCUCGUGGGCUUGUAUGUGUGUAGAGGAGAGAUGGAGUGGAUUGUGCAUAUGGAUUGUAUAUGGAUAUCUAGUUAUAUUGUAUACGAAUCAAAUUAUAUUGAACAACAAAAUUAGA